AUGGUGAAACCGGCGGCAAGAAUAGUGAUAAAGUUUCUAGAAUUAUUAGGUUGUGUGGCGUGUGUGAUUACGAAGAUUAUCACCGACCAUGAGUCACGGCGUGUGUUUGUGCGAAACCAGAAGCUAUCGCGAGAAUGGAGCUUGAUACACAACAUAACCUGGAGCAGCGGAGGAAAUGCAUUUACAAACAUCGUCUACGGGGGAUACACGAUAGUCAUCGCACUAAUGCUAAUUACAAGAUGCGUCGAUGCCAAAUCACGUCCGACUUUGUUUGAGAAGAUUGUACUAUCGCUGGGGACACUAUUGUUUUUCGCGGCAGGCGGUCUGGUGUUUGCGUCGAUAGAUCAGGUACAUCCCGAUCUGCAUGAUAAUGCCAUCAUACUCGGAUGCUUGUCGUUCGCCGUGGCGAUCCUGUUCGUUAUCGAUCUGUCUGAUCCGUUGGCGCGCAUGACCGCACACAUGACGCAAACCGAAACAUCUACACUCACCGCAACCGAUACACCCGAUAGGGCAAUUUCGAAAAAAGAUGUCUCCACCGAUAUGGAACCGACGGUAUUUGUCGUUUCCAAGCCGGAUCCAAACGGUCACCUUCUGCAGCCGCUGCAUCAGCACCAGGAUCACGCGCACCAUGAAUAUCCUGACUCACCACUCAACCGAAGCGAAGAAUCGAUCGUCGAACGGAAAGUGUACCCUUCGGCACAGGUUCCAGUGUUUGCGCACGUGCGCGCCCCCGAGGAAAGCCGAAGAAUUGCAGGGAAAGAGAUUAAAUACCUGCCGCGGCACGAUUACCGCGAUAGACGAAACUAUCGAGACGCUGGACCGGCGAGCUAUGCGACGAAUCGUCCAGCGACGAACCAACCAAAUGGCCAACAGACACGGCAGCAGCACACAAGCGUCCCAUCCAGCAGCUACCAUGAUAAUGAUUCGUUCGUCGAAGAUAUUCAGCCGUCACGCAGAAGCACCUACGUACCCGCCGACAAGUUUGACCAGGAAGCGAUGCAGAUGAGCAGCGCACCGAACCACCAUCGAAUGAGACCGCCCCCGCCGACAAAGCCUUUAAACGUAAUUCGAACGCACUUUGGAUCGAAUCACAGCUCACCGAACGAUUCGCAACACAGCGCCGAGUGCAGAUGUUCGCAGCGCAGUACCAGCACGAGAAGGAUGGAAGAUUCUGGCCGGGAUGAGUUCGACUCCCCACCCAUUCGGCCCGGGUUUGUGGCCAAUGCGGCAAAGAAGUGGGAUGAUCGGGCACGCAGCAAAAGUCAACCCAUCGUUGGGCUUAAUACUAUGGUGUAA